AGCAUUUAGGUUACUGUAAGAAGAAGGAACAUGGAUUUUAAGUGUUUGAGCUGUAUAGUGUUUUUCCCCAUACACAUUGUCUACUACAUAUUGAAAGCAAGUGUGUACUUAAUUUUACCAAGUAGACGAAGAACCCUGAUCAAGGAGGUGGUCCUGAUCACAGGCGGGGGACGAGGUAUCGGUCGUCACCUGGCUCAGGAGUUUGCCAAGCAGGGUGCUAAAAAGGUGAUCCUGUGGGGCCGCACAGAGAAGUGUCUGAAAGAGACAUGCGAAGAGAUCUCCCAAUUUGGAACAGAGUGCCACUACUUCCUGUGCGACGUGGCCAAUCGGGAGGACGUUUACAAGCAGGCCAAGGUGGUCAGGGAGAAGGUGGGAGACGUUACGAUCCUGGUGAAUAAUGCUGCAGUGGUCCAUGGGAAAAGUCUGAUGGACAGCGACGAUGACUGUCUUUUGAAAUCUCAACAUAUCAACACAAUGGGACAGUUCUGGACUACAAAGGCCUUCCUGCCACGGAUGCUGGAGCUCCAGCACGGCCAUGUGGUCUGUAUAAACUCCAUCCUGUCCCAGUCGCCCAUCCCUGGGGCCAUCGACUACUGUACCUCCAAGGCCUCCUCCCUGGCCUUCAUGGAGAGCCUGACUCUGGGCCUGCUGGACUGUCCCGGAGUGGGCUGCACCACCGUGCUCCCCUUCCACACCAACACUGAGAUGUUCCAGGGCAUGAGAGUUAGGUUUCCAGCGCUCUUCCCUCCCCUCAAGCCAGAGACAGUUGCUGAAAGGACUGUGGAUGCAGUCAGAACUAACACAGCCUACGUUUACAUGCCCUGGACCAUGCAUGCUCUCGUUGUCCUCAAAAGCUUCAUGCCACAAGCUGCUCUUGAAGAGAUCCACAAGUUCUCUGGAAGCUAUACCUGCAUGAAUACAUUCAAGGGGAGGACAUAAAAACAAAUUAUCCUGAAUGUCAAUACAUAUCAGAGGAACCUCACUAUGUCUGGAGGAUGUUGAAGGGAAGUAUCCAUGGGCUACAGGACAUUGGGAAACAAUGGAUGCCCUUUGAAAGUAUGCAGGAAGGUGUCUUGGAGACUUUAGCGUACUGUAUAUGGUUGCUCCGACGGGGUAGAUUUCACUUACACGCUGCUGGAACUUAUCCUGGUCUCUUUCUUGAUCUCCUGUGUGUAGUUGGACGGACUAAAUACCAUUCACACAUUGAGCAGAAGCCAUGCAAAACUAGUCUGGAUAAACAGCAGUUUUUUUUUCAAGUCUGUUUUUUAUUAUCCUUUGUUUUCUACCAAUCAUGUGUCUUUGAAUGGAAUCACAUUAAUAAAUUGAUGUUACAGACAACCAAA